GUGUAAGCCACCGUUGAAAUAUUAGCAGAGGUGACUGACAAGUCAAAAACUAAUUUGGGCAACUGCCAUCCGCCUCUACCUUCUUUCUCCGGUACCGGAGUUUUCAAGCAUUUUGAUCUGAUAUGGCAUCUCUCCUAAUAUCAAAGUCCUUGAUAUAUCAUCCAAACAAGACCUUAACUCCACAAUUACGCACCAUUUUCGCCUAUUGUUCACCAAUUAAACAAUUCACUCAUCGCUCAAUCUCAGUUUCUAGUAGCAGAAGUAGCAUCAAUAGUUUUACCUGGAACGACGUCGUUACAGUCUCUCAACCUGACCACAGACCUGGCGAUUUUUCAGAUCUCUCUGGCUUCUUCCACAAGAUUCAACUCUGCAAUCGCGGCUCUGAAUUUCAAUCGAAUUUCAUACCGUUCGUAAUCGAAGAUCAAAUCAUUGGCUACAUACACAAUGAAUUUAUUGAACAAUUAAGGAGGUUUAAAGAUGUUUUUGUUUUUCCUCAAAGUAAUAAUAAUUCCAAUGGAGGCAAUGUUAAUAGUUAUGUAAGUUUACACGAGAGAUUAAAGACGGUAGCAGAUAGGACUAGAGCUGUUGGAGAAGCUAUUAAAUGUUUAGGUGACGAAGAUUUGAUUCCAGGUAUACGAAAUGAGCUUUACCCUGUGGUAUCGUCAUUUGGUUCUCCGGUCUAUUUUUCUUUGGAACGUGCUGCAGCUCCGUAUUUUGGGAUAAAUGCUUAUGGAAUUCACAUGAAUGGAUAUGUUGAAAGAGAUGGGGAGAAAUUUUUAUGGUUAGGAAAGAGAAGUGAAGUGAAACCUACUUUUCCAGGGAUGCUUGAUCAUCUUGUCGCUGGAGGAUUGCCUCAUGGGAUCUCUUGCAGAGAAAAUGUUAUCAAGGAAUGUGAAGAAGAAGCAGGAAUCCCUCGAUCAAUUUCACAGAAAGCGAUACCUGUUGGAGCUGUUUCUUACGUGGACAUUGAAGGGUAUAGAUACAAGAGAGAUGUUUUGUUUUGUUAUGAUUUGAAACUUCCUGGUGAUUUUUUACCUAAGAAUCAAGAUGGAGAGGUUGAGAGCUUCCAGUUGUUACCUGUUCAAAAUGUUGCAAAUGUUAUUAGAAGGACGCAGUUUUUCAAGCCAAACUGCUCGCUUGUCAUCAUUGAUUUCCUAUUUCGGCAUGGGUAUAUUAGUCCUGAAUGCUCGGGAUACUUGGAUCUAUUGCAAAAUUUGAGGAGUGGAGAUUGUUCUUAGGAACAUUAAUUUGAAUUAUGCAUUGAACAAUAACAUUUUUGAAUUCCAGAAAGUGUAUCGUGGACUUUUUCAGAAACAAUCAAUAAGUUGGCGUAUAUUGUGCA